ACAUCAAUGCGGCAAUUAGAAUUUGAAUUCGGUCAAGCCAUUAUAUUUGGCUGUUUGUUAUUGCCAAUGGUCAUUGCUGUGGAUAUGUCCGAGGCCAAACUUAAAGAAGUAACUGAAGAAUGCAUGAAACAAACUAAUGUCAGUAUUGAGCAAGCCAAUUUGAUAAUGAAAGACGAUUUGGAGAAAAUCUCGGAUGAGGACUUUUCCCAUAACAUGAGAUGCUAUUUGCUCUGUUAUCAUAAACAGAUAGGACUUUUCGACGCCAAUGGUCCAAUGCGAGACGCCUUUAUAAAAUUUAUGGAAAUUCGAUAUCCAAAUAAAAAGGAUAAAGUCUUACCAGCCUUAAGAAUAUGCAAACACCAGAGAGAUCCGGAUAGUUGUGAACAAACAUAUAAAUUUGAAAGGUGUAUGGCGCAUACCAUUGAAGGGGAACUAUAG